AAUUGGAAAAUAUUCAUCAUGGAAACUUAUAUCGAGAAUAAUAAAAAUAUAAAAAUGUUGAUGGAUAUCGAGGAAGAAGUAAUGCAAAACCUCAAGAAAAUUUUUGACGAAUUAACUACGAGAACUUCAACGAUUCACAAACAAAUUAAAUCGCUUUAUACUCGUAAUAACAUACUAGAAAAGAAGAUCGAAGCUCUCGAGUCAAGAAAUGAAAAUCAUUCAUCGCCAAAUUAUUUGCCGGAAUCUACAAUCGAGUCCUCCAACGAAUCCUUCGACAGCAAAACGUCUCAUUGUGAAUGUACUCACGCGAUAUUGAACAAAAAAAUACAAUUGUUAAAACUACAGCUAAAGUCGAAAAACGAAAUAAUUGCGAUGUUGGAGCUGCAAAUAUAUAUCACACAUUUAUUUGAUGAGAAGUUUAAGAACUUGAACGAUCGUAUAUUAAUAGGGCACAACAUAAAAAUUGGCAAGUUGGAAGAGGAAAUUAAACGACUAUUAAAGACCGCAGGGUAUAUAAGAUUAGGAGUACAAGAGGAGGGCGAAAUGAUUGAUGAGGAGAAAAUGAUAACCAGAUUAUGAGGAAUGUUAAUAAUUAACAAUGACAAAGGAUGAUAAACCCAAGGUGCAAGUAAAGGAGAUUGAGAAGUUGUUGCUUUCCUAAGUUUAUGAUCUGCAAGAAAUUAGAACAUUUCGUCAUGUUACCACUGAUAAAAUUAUUACUGUAUACAUAU